AUUCCGUUGCAUUGCGUUGCACAUAGUCACGACUCGCGCACCGUUCUUAACGUUCGACUCGUCCAGUGGAGUAAAAUAGAGAAACGAAAUCGGUAUCGUUACAGAAACGUUUUGUUUUUUUUUUCUCUAGAUACAAUCGCGCGCGUAUAUAAACAUAUUUAUACGUCCUUAUCCGAAAUCGAAUUUAUAAAUUCCCGCCAGUUGCCGACUGACGUGCAUACCGGUAACAAUCUCUCAGUGCGAAUUGAUGAUAAUAAUUUAAAUUAUUUAUAUAUCGGUCCAUACGUUAAACGGAUUAUAAAAAAUAUUAUUGAAUAUUAGAAUUGUAUUGAUUUAACAAUACGUAUACGGACAGUGAAAAAAAAAGUUACGAUAAACGGAACAUAAGAAAAAUAAUUUCAGACAGAAUCAGAUCGACAGAAAUCAGUCGAAUUUGUUAGAAAAUUGUUAGCUCCGAAGAGGGAAUCUCGUCGUCGAUUCCUUAUUUAUUAUUUUUUUUUUUUUCGAAACACUUGCAUAUUAAUAAAAAAAAGCUAUGGCUUUCAUGAUGCCUGUUGUAAAAAACGAUUACAAUAUUUACAAAUCGAACCGGAAUAGACGCGUUUCUGAGUGUUCCAACGACAAGACGUCCGCCUCGUCGGCUUCGUCGUGCGGUGGUACCAGACGGAUGCACAGCGGUUCUCGGUCAGCGGACGGUCCGUCGCUAUCCACGUCGCCCGGCAGCGAUUUUAUGGUAGGAUCACCGGCCCAUCGGUCGCUCGGUGGAGUGUCCAAGCAGACAGCUUUUCACCACGGCAGUCUGCAGCACCACCACGGGGUGGCGUCCAGAAACUCGUCACGGAACUCGCAGUCCAGCCUUCAGAGCCCCGCCAAAUCUUCGUCGUCGUCCUCGUCACCGCCAAAGGUGUCGUCCACGUCGUCGCUGAACAUGUUCCACUCGAAGCUCGUCGAUAAGCUCAGGCGGUCGCUGACGUCGAAGUCCAAAGACAAUAGCACAACGACAGCAUCUAGUAAGGAUAUUGCAAGGAGAAGAUCCUGAGAUAUGGCCAAAGGUGACGACCAUCAACGGUCAGUACCAAAUCUGACUAGAUCAGCAAAAAGCCGGCCAGUGUCCUCUAUGGCCACAUCCUGUCCAUUGGGCACCAAUAUUGCGCUAUGACAAAAUAAACAUUAAAAAAUCAAGAAAACCAACAGAACAUCAUAGUGUACUCUUGCGUGCAAGGGUAAGUGCCGGCACUUUGUUUAGAAUAAUAAAUUAUUUAUUACACGAGUCGCAUCUAUUUUAAAAUGCUUGACUUGUUUUUUUUAAAUGGAUGCGUCGUGUGUUUUGGUUAAUAAUAGAGAGUAUUCUAAAAAUUGUAUAAAUAAUAGCCUAUUUUAAGUUGAUACCUAGCCUAUAUUAUAUAUAAAAAAAAAAUGUAUUAGUUACAUUUUUUAUGUACAUAUUAAUAUUGACAGCUUAUGUGGCUUAUCUCAGCAUUAUGGUUUAUUUUUAAUAUUAUUUUUUAGUACUUUAUGAAUACUACUAUAUGAAAAUUAAAGAAGGUACUCGACUAAUUAUAACUUAAGCCUAUCAAUCAAUAGGGGACAAGGUCUUAUAACCUUAAUGUUUAAUGUAUUAUAUUAUUGUUGAAAAUGUCUUGAUAUAUUAACAGUGAUCAAAAAAUGAGGGUUUUUUAAAAUUAAGAUACUCUGAUAGUGUCAAAUAUAAAAUCAAUGCAAUUUAAAUAAAAUUUUAAAUCCAACAGGAUUCUAGGCAAGAUUUAAAUUAAAUUAUUUGGUAGGCUCUUAUUGUUCUUUCUUACCAACCCGCCUACUUUAGUAUAUAAAUAAAUGUAUAUAAUAUUAUAUCAAUAUGUAAUUUGGGGGUAAAAUUUCAUUCAAAAGCUUUUUUUUUUAUAAAAUAUUACAGAUCAAAUAUUUUUAAGAUAUAUUGAAAAGUAUUUAUAUAGAAUAUUUUGGCUGCAAUAAUUUAUAACUCGCACUCCAUAAGUCUGAUCGACCAAAUAAAAUUAAAAAUACCAUAUCACAAAAUGUAUUCUUUUGCAAAUAAUUUUAAUGUAGUUUUUGUUCAUAAGGGGCAACAUAUGUCCUACCUGGAUACUCAAUAAUAGACUGUACUUAAAUUUGUUAGAUGUUCAUUAGGCUGUUAUAUUGUAUCAUAAAGGGAAAAUUAUUUUAAUGGGUUGGUAAGUUAAGUCUGAUGCUCUGUUUUGUUUAUAAUAGGUAAAAAUUAAUCAACCAUAUAUAAUCUGUGAUACGUUUGUUACUAUUUUUUUAAGAUAUUCAGCUUUUAUCUUUAUUUAUCUAGGUAAAUAGGGUUUACUACAACAUGGAAAUAAAAACUGUUAUUGUUUUGGAGUUAGCUUAAAAAAAAUAUUAUUAUUACAUUGGGCGCCUAAUCAUUAAUUCUCAAUUUUUUUGUCAUAAUUAUGAAUAUUAGACAUUCUCUGUCAAAAAAGUGAAAAAAAAUUAUCAUAAAACUUUUUAAUGUAAAAUAUAUGUAUACAUAAUAUACAUUUAACUCCCUCAUAUGCAAUU